GGUAAAAUCAAUAAUCACAGAUAAUUUAGUUUUAAUAUAUGAAGAUACACAACAGUUUCAAGUCCGACGAUGUUACAAUCAGAUUCAAAGUGUAGAGCGUAGAUUUUUUCGAUAUUGUACGUCACAAUAUUGGACCUCAACUAAGACAAACUAUUAUAGGAAUGGCCACUUAUGAGAGUGCAUUGUUUUGCGACGUUUGCCAAAACAGAAACCUCAAUAAGUCAGCGGAAGCAUAUUGUUCGCAGUGUGAAGAGGCUCUAUGUAUAGAAUGUAGAGACCAUCAUAAGAUAUCGAGAUCAUCAAAAUCACAUCAGACCAUCUCAGUAGAAAAACAUCAAAAAUUACCUUCUUUCAUCAAGCAAAUAAAGCAUUAUUGUGCGAAGCACGACUGCUUCCUUGAAUUUUAUUGUAAAUCCCAUGACUCUCUUUGCUGUAAACUUUGUUUGAUAUCAGGUCACAAGGAAUGCAAGGAAACUAUGUUCAUUGAAGAUUUUCUUAUGCCUUCUUCUGGACAUCAAUCAGCAGCUUUAGAUAACAUUGAAAAAGUUCUAAAAGAUCUGGAUGAUAACAUUUGUUCCGCUAUAAAGGACAGAACUCGAAAUACGACCGAAUUACGUGAUCAGAAGCAGAUGAUUGCAGAACAGAUCAAGGAAAAACGUCAAGAAAUCAAUACAAUGUUAGACCAUUUAGAAGGAGCAUUACAAAAAAAGGCAUCUGCAAUGGAGAAAGAAUACAGUCGGAAAAUAAAUGAAGUCAUUGCUAAAUUAGAGGCCGAAAAAAAGAAGGUAAACAAAAUUCAAAAAGAUUUUGAUUCUGUAAAAAUGUUUGCAUCCAAUCUUCAAAUCAUCAUAGGAGUAAAGGCAUUCCAGGAGAGUGUUUCAGUCAAUGAAACAAAUGUCCAAAGUUUAUAUAACGAUGGUAGCUUAAACAAUGUGGCAAUUGAAUGUACUUUCAAUGAAAAUGUUGAGCGGUUUAUAAAAGAGAUAAAGACCUUUGGUGAUAUAAAGGUGAACAAAUGUGAAAAGCAUUCUUCGUUUUCCUGGAAAUGUGACACAUCAGCUCAAAUUUUUAAAACUGUUCCUAAAGCGAUUUUGAUUGAUAACAUUAGCGCCAGAUUAGUACGUAAGAUAAGUACACAGCACUUUAAUCUUAGUGGAUGUGCCAUUUCAGAAAAUGAAGACUUUUUUUUUCUUCAAUUACACAAGAAUAAUCUGCUGAAAUAUGGACCUAAUGGUGAAUUCCAUUCCAAAUCACGUAUCAACUCAGGCCAGUACAAUGUUGGAUAUGACCUGGCGAUGGUUGAUUCUAAUUCAGUAGCUGUAUCAUGUGGUGGAAAUAACCCAAAACAACUUUACAUAAUUGAUACGAAUAGUACAGAAACGCGUCACGUGUUUGACCUUUGCGAUUGGUGUUACGGCUUAAACUAUCAUAAUGGAUCAUUUAUUUGUUGUACAUCUGCCAAUGGCAUUAAACUAUAUGACACUUUGUUCCACAAAUUGACUAACAUGCGGAUAUUGCCCAAUGCACCCAAUAUGGUAGAUGGAACCUACGUUACCUCAAAUGAAAACAGCAUUUUUCAUUCCAACUGUCGGAAUAAUUCUGUCGUAUGUUACAAUUUCAGUGGCCAAGUACAAUGGACAUAUUCUGAUUCACUACUCACAAAACCGUACGGCAUCACCUUAGAUUCUUAUUCUAACAUAUAUGUUGCUGGGUCAGAAUCAAAUAAUGUCGUUGUGAUAUCCAAAGAUGGAAAGCAGGCCAAACAGCUCAUUGGAUCUAGUGACGGAAUCUUAAAUCCUCGUGCCGUAUUUUUUCAUAAAACCAAAAACGUACUUCUUGUAGCUAACUAUGAUGGAGUUGCCUUUCUAUUUGACGUUUAAUACAGUAAACGUGUAAACGGUAUGCUGCUUAAAACUACCAUAUGUCCAACGUAUAAUAUUGAAUGGAAAAAAAAGAGUUCACUAACAAUAAACCAAAAGGCCGUAUAUAGACAACUAUAUUGUUUAUUGGAAUAAUGUCUUUUUCUAUCGUUUAUGCCGAAUAAAAGUUGGAAUCUUAUUGGAAAUAUUUGUUCCAUGAUAAAAAAUUAACAAUGCAAAAAUGUUCAUCAGUUAUUUGAUGAAGAUCUAGAAGUAUGUUUUCCCUGUUCGAAGAAAAAAGAUUAACGUGUGCAGAAAAUGUCAUCCAAUAAAGAUUUAUGUAU